CCAUUCACACAUCCCGUGCGCCGGGGAGUCCAGUGCGCUCUGCCUGCGCUCCGAGCGCGUCUCUCCAGUCCAAGAGCAGGUGCACGAGGUGGAGGGCUGCAGCCAGAGAUGCUCCUCUCGUCGCAAGGUGCUUCUCCUGGCCCCUGUGCAUCCAGUCACUGGUGUGUGAAUAACUCGUCUGCCUGGGAUGUUUGACUCCUGAAGUGUCCGGGCGGCUGCGCCUCGUUCCGGGGGAUUUGGACUUACACAGGAGCGACGACUGCGCAUCUUUCGGAGGGCUGGAAAUAUGGCACCGUGAAAGACCGGGGACAGGAGUGCGCGCUCAGAGGAGCUUUGGAUGUCCUCUUGUCUUUUGCGUUGACCCGAAUUGUGCGUGUCUUUUUAAAAAAAAUUUCAUGCAUUUGUGGCGAAAGUCCUUGAAGGGAAAAGUCGUUUUUCCAAUGCCGCCCCGUGUCUGCGCCGAGCCGAGCCCAACUUCCCGGUCCUACCGGGGGAUUCUGAGGAGACCGAUUCUGACCACGACACAAUACUUACAGAAUAAGCAGGACGCAUCCAGAGUGCAGGAGAAUGAGGAGUCACCGGGGCCGGGGGAAGCAGCAUGAGUGGCCCGUGCAUCUCCCUUAGACUGACGGCUCUCAUGUUUCUAUGGAGGUGGUUAACACUAAGCCUGCUCCAGAGCUGGGUGUCGGUGGGGGCCGGGGCGCACGACCACGCCGGGGCCGGCUUCAGUGGCUCCGCCGGGCCCCUCGGCUGGCUCCUGUCGGACAAGGGUCCUUUUCAGCGCUCGCAGGAGUAUGUUGAUUUCACGGAGCGCUACCAGCAAGGAUUCACCACCAAGUACAAGAUAUACAGGGAGUUUGGCCGCUGGAAGGUGAACAGCUUGGCCCUGGAGAGGCAGGAGAACAAUGGCUUUUCCUUACCGCUGGACCCCGACUUCCUCCAGACCAUUAGGCAGCUGGGCAGGAGGCCCAGUCUCAACGCCAUCACCGACAACAUUAUCAGGAAAUACGGAACCCACUUCCUGCUCUCCGCUACGCUGGGAGGGGAAGAGUCUUUGAUGAUCUUUGUGGACAAGCGGAAGUUGAGUCGGACGAGCGAAGUGAGCGAAUCCAACGGCACGGCGGUGACUCUGGAGGCUCUGCACCAGCUGGCCGCCUCCUACUUCAUCGACCGGGAGAGCACCCUGCACAAGCUGCACCACAUCCAGAUCGCCUCCACCGCCAUCAAGGUGACCGAAACAAGGACGGGCCCUCUCGGAUGCAGUAACUAUGACAACCUCGACUCUGUCAGCUCCGUUUUGGUUCAGAGCCCCGAAAACAAGAUUCAUUUGCAAGGCCUGCAGGCCGUGCUGCCGCAGUAUCUGAGGGCCAGGUUCGUGCAGGCGGCUCUCAGCUACAUCGGCUGCAAUGAGGAGGGCCAGUUCGUGUGCCGGGACAACGACUGCUGGUGCCAGUGUGCCGCAAACUACCCACAGUGCAACUGCCCCGAGGGGGACCUGAGGGCCAUGGAAGCCAGUUUACUGCAAAUCCGAGAUUCCUGGAACGUGGCAAACCAAGACUUUGAGGAGUCAGAGGAGUUCCAGACCUUCGUUCGGAAGCUCCCCACGUUCUACGCCCUGAACACGUCGGCCAUCCAGUACUUCUGGACGACGGAGCCCAGCGUUCACCAGCGCUACAAGCAGCUGGAGCUCAACGCCCAGCAGCUGCUGAGCAAGGCGCGGCGCAUCGUCAACAAGCUCUUCACCCUGAGCAAGAGGUGUCGGACGCAGCCCAGGAUUAUCAUGCUGAGGGAGAGGCCCUUCAGCUACUGGCUGCACUACAUCCUCUCCAUCAUGUACUGCAGCGAGAACAACCACAUCGGCUCGUACCUGGAGGAGACGCGCAGCUGCUCGUGUCCCUACGAGCACCCGCCCUGCCAGGGCGUCAUCCCCUGCACGGUGGGCGAGGGCACCUCCUGCGCGUCCUGCUCCUACGAGAACCGCUCGCGCUGCGCCACCUGCAACCAGGGCUACAUGCUGAGUCAGGGCGCGUGCCGCAACGAGGUGCCCGACUCCACCGACCACUACAUCGGCUUCGAGACGGACCUGCAGGACCUGGAGCUGCGCUACCUGCUGCAGAAACGCGACAACCGCAUCGGCAUCCACGGGAUCUUUGUCAGCAACGACGUCAGGCUGAACAACUGGUUCGACCCGUCGUGGAGGAAGCGGAUGCUGCUGACGCUGAAGAGUAACAAAUACAAGUCCAACCAUGUCCACAUGCUCUUGGGGAUGUCUCUACAGAUCUGCCUUACCAAGAACAGCACCCUGGACCCCUUGCUGUCGGUCUACAUCAACCCGUUUGGGGGGAGCCACUCGGAGAGCUGGAUCAUGCCCAUUGACCAGAACAACUACCCAGACUGGGAGAGGACUAAAUUAGACUUUCCCUACGACUGUUACAAUUGGACUUUGACUUUGGGCAACAAGUGGAAAACAUUUUUUGAGACUGUCCACUUUUACCUACGGAGCCGGAUCAGGGGCCCCUCGCCGAGCGGAAACGGGACAGUGUAUUACGAACCCUUGGAGUACCUGGAGCCGGGGCGGAACCUGGGCUACAUGAAGAUCAACAGCAUCCAGGUGUACGGCUACAGCAUGCACUUUGACCCGGAGGCGAUCCAGGACCUGAUCCUACAGCUGGACUACCCGUACACUCAGGGAUCGCAGGACUCGGCCCUGCUGCAGCUGCUGGAGAUCCGGGAUCGGGUCAACAGGCUCUCCCCGCCCGGAGCUCAGCCUCUGGACCUGUUCUCCUGUCUGCUCCGGCACCGGCUCAAACUGUCCACCACGGACGUUGCCAGGAUCCAGGCGGCACUGCAGAUAUUCGCUGCCAAGCAGCCCAACUCCAUGGAAUACGAAACAACCAAAUUAUGUAGCUAAUAAGUGGGCAGCGGGCCAGCUGCACAGAUGGCGGAGCAGUUAUCACACACGCCUGAUGAUGGCUAAGAGCAAUUCUGGAGCCGUACAGGGGACAUCUGGGUGACAUUUUUGUUGUUGUCAUGAAUCUCAAGAGUGCGUUCGAGAUUCUCACGUCAGCUUUUUCGUAUAAAUUUGUACAACAUCGUAGAAUUAAGGAGGAUUUCACCAAACUUGCCUCGUAGCUUUCUUUUUCCCCCCCCUCCCCUUCUCUCCUGAUGAAAUAAUAACUUUGACAGUCGACAGUAUAAAUCUAAAGCUCUGCCAUCACUGAUGUGUCGCCAACGUGCUGACGUUUGUAUAUUGCACAAAUCUUGAAUCACUCUCAUAAACUCAAAUACAAUAGCUUUUUUGCAGAUGACGUAUUAUCCGAGCAAUGUAAUCACGACCAUCUCGACACCAGCACGUUUUGUUUUCUCCUUUUUGAUUGAUUUAGUUCACGUUUAUUUUCCAGGUGCAAAAUAUCAUGGACCUCUCUUUUAAAGCCGGCACGUGACGGACACCUUCAUUGUUUUUUUCAGCUUUUCAUUCAACAAAAAAAACUCACAACUUUUUUUAAACUCUAGUAAACAUUUUGUAAGAAAUAAACUGAAAUAAACAAGGUGAACAAAUAGAUGCUGUGCUAUUCCAGAUCUGCGGAGAAACCACGACACCGUUAUCAUAACAAUAUAUGUUACAUGUGCUUUUAUUUUUAUAAUGCUGUUGUUUGUGAAACAAAAGUUAUAAAAACACUGUCUAUAAAAUGUAUAAUACAGUUUGUUAAUACACUAAAUAAAAUACAUUUUUAUGUGUGGUCUAUA